AUGAAGUUCACCCAGGCAUUCGUUAUUGCUUCCAUGUCCCUCGGCGUCAUGGCGGGCUGCCGCUCCGCCCCCGAGGUCUGCAAGUCAGACGUCGGUCCUAUCUCGCGAGGCCUCACCAAGGGUUGGGUCUGUGAUCUUCCUGAGGACUUGCCCUGCCAGACGACUUGUGAGAUCACUGGUGAGAGGCAGCGAUCUGAGCCCGGCACCGUUGGUAUGGAGACGAUGAAGUGCUGCAAGCCCCAGCCCGGCUGUUGA